AUGACGAUGCGCAGCGACGCUACUAAGCUCAAGCUGUUGCUGCUGAGCGACCUGGAGGGGCAGAUCCCGCGUGUGAAUCAGCUAUGCGAGGAGCUGGUGAGCUCCGAGGACUGCGAUGUUAACGCUGUGCUCGUGGCCGGUGGUCUGGUGGCCACGCGUGGGUCUCACGGCUACGAGGCGCUCGAGGCUGUGGCAGCCGCCGAAGGAGACAUGAUGGCGCUCAUCUCGCGGCUCGAGAUGAUAAUCUGUCGUGUUCUCUAUAUUCCUGAUGAUAACGACCCUCCCACAACACGCAGCAUCGCUGUAUCAGCGCCGUCACUGACACAGUACUCGUCCAAUAUGUAUUACCAAGAAGAGCAACUCAUCGAGGGUGUGACGAUCAUGGGCGAAGCUCGAUAUUUUAAAUUGGUGAACGACGGCAAAGAUCCGAUGCAGAACCGAGACCUGGUGCUCGUACUGCGUGACUCGUCGGUCAAGACACGGCUGCCUGUGGUGGAGAGCUCCUUUUUCGCUGGUUUGCUGCCGAUGCUGCAGUCCAACAAGCCAGAAGAACCGCGUGCGAUCGAGAUAAUUGGUGGCAGCGACCAGCAUCCUCACGCCCAACUUCCGUUGAUUUAUCCAGGGACGUACGACUCGUACUGGGGGAAGCCUCGAGAGACACCGAGUUUGCGCGAGCUGAAGCAGCUUCGCGUAUUGGCCAUGUACGAAUUUGAGCCGCCGCUGAACAGCCAGGAACUCGCAGGAGCGCUUCGUGCCUGUAGCAACCGCCCGGACCACGCGUAUCAAUACCUGAAGGCGAGUCGCCGCCACCAACGGUCGAUUGCAAUCCCAGCAUCAGCACCUGCUGCUACAACCAACGUCAAAAUGUCAUCACCCGAACGAGAGAAACGUCGUCUUAGUGCGUCGUCAGACGACAAGGGUACUCCGAGCAAGAGACAUAAAGAUCUGAGCUUCUCUCAGAUGAACACGGAGGAGAAAACGGAAGAAGAAGAGGAGAACAACGAGAAGGACACGACUCCAGACACACAGCAAGACACGCAGAUGCAAGUCUGUGCUGCUGAUUGUGCAAGAGCGCAAAUACUGUUGCGAGCGACGGUGGAGGACCGUGUGGCAGGCACUCAGCCGCUGCGCAAUCCGGACUGGGUGAACCAAGUUUGGGCAAGUCUGCAAGUGCCAUCAGUACUGGAAUUGGCCAUGCACCUCAAUCUCACGGUGGAUGCGCUGGCCACAUGGGUCAAGGGCGUGGAUAUCCGAUACGCAGACGAUAUCCAGACACGAGGAGCUGCACUAAUUGUCGAGGUAGCAGCUAGUUUGCCACCGCUCUCGGCCGAUACCGACGAUUCCGUUGCAUUGCAGCCGAAGGACGAAGUCCUAACAAAACACGACCAGGAAGUGGCAGCUGUUGCACAAGCUGAAAAGCAGACAGCGGAGCUGAGUGCCUAUGCUCGAGCUAAUGCUGCAAAGAGCGCCAUUCAAGCGCUAUCGUCAGCCUGCAAGGCGUAUAUGGAUCGACUGGCUUGGCUUGCUCAGUCGGACGAUAGAUAUAGCAAAGAAAACGCUGACGCAGGGAUUGUACUUGAAUCGUUGAGUCAGAAACUCGAGGGACUGGUCGAUAUCUGUACCCACGACGUCAAGGAGGCUGAAUCCUCUUUGUUGGAGGCCAAACAGAAGAAAGGUACGCGGUCGUUGCAGAUCGUGGAGUUUGUCAACAAUCGACGCCAAGAAUUACUUGAUAAGGGCGAGACUGAAGCCUGUGCGAUGUUGGAGUCGGUCGUUGGAGUCUGGAAGAAAGACGACGUGGAAGUGCAAGCGCUGUGGAGCUCUCGUAGCGAGUGCGAACGACAAGUGGCGGAGUCUGUGCGCUCGCUGACAGUUGCUGAGCACGCACUAGCUUUCCACAAGAACCUUCUUAUUCUAUUCCGAAGAGUACGGGACCGCCGACAAGAAGCACUCACGAGCUCGUCGAAAGGCCUCGAAGAUGCACGUGCUACCUCCGAGGCCCGUUCGACGUCUUCUUUGGAGAGAAUCAUCCCGAUGCUUACACGUGCGCUUUAUUCCUACUAUGAAUUCCAUUCGAUUCAACAAUCCAAAGCCAAAGAAGAAUUACAAGAACAGGAGAAAGCUUUAGCUGCCCACAACGAAUACUUCGGCGACUCGGCACCGAUUAAGAAAGGUGAUAUCGAGCAGCGGAUUCGUGAGUUUAUCGGGGUGACGCAGAGCUCCAUGCAAGUGAUCAUGGAGAUUGCUGAAGGUCAGCAGCAAUUGUGGGAAGACAAGCAGGCAGUGUUACCAAAUUCAGUGCGCCAAACGUUGCUGCAUGAGUUCAAGACGUUGUGGAUGAGACUUAGUGGACCAAUGCAGGACGUUAUGAAGAAGUUUGUGGCCACAAUUGAGGAAGCAGCCGGUGGUGUUGUGGCUGUGCAAGAAGAAAAAGAGCCCCAGCCAGACCCUACAGCUCCUGUGUUGGUUGUGUCGAAUGCUAUGGACGAGCAGGUCACUCCCGCUUUCACAGUGCCAUCAUUCAUACACAGCCAAGUUGAGGCAGUCACGCCGUACCAAACUGCGAUUUCAGCAAUUGUCCCUUCAAAAGAGACCACUAAUUGUCCCGACUUGCAAAGAGAAGAGAAGGGAAGUUUGCAGAGAGAAAAGAAAGCGCCUGAUCACACACGAGCGAGUUUUCAAGCGCUACUAGCUGCAGUAGUCGAACAGACUGGCGAAUCCUACAAAGCGCGCCACGAAUUUGACGUCGGCUCGAUUUUGUACUCGAAGAUCACAAUGGGCGAGAAUUGCACGCAGUUUGUCCGUGGCAUAGUUUUGAAGCAAUUGGACAAGAGCAUGUAUCUGAUGCAGUACGAUAAUGGCGACAAGUUCUCGGUGGGCAGCUCUUACCUUUUCACUAAGAAGCUGAUGGAAGAGAGUCUGAACGCUGGUGGUGUGGCGGCUCCUGGCCAGGACACGGAGAUGGAGGAUGCUGAGGGAGCUGGCCAGGCCAGCGAAGGCGGCGAGGAGAGCGCCGCGGGCGACGCCUGGCAGGAGAAGUUCGAACAGCUACAGAACGAGCUGGCGCUGGCGCAGUAUGAGGCGCAGAAAUGGAAAGAGAACAGUCCAGACCACACGGCUAAUCUAUUGAGUCCAACGUUGUCAUCGUUCGACUUUGACGACGAUUCAAGCGAAGAUGGCAGCGAUGGCAGUGGCGAUCACCCCCUAAGAGCUUCUCUGCCACUUGUCGAGGCAACAAGGAAUGCGUCGGAGGUUGUGGCGGACACUGAAGAUGGGAAACUCGAGACGUCCAGUGGUCGAAACGAACCAUUUAACCCGUCGUUGGCACUGGAACUGCGAGACCGACAAUCACUCAUGUAUCAUUUGAACGCCACUACAAACACUCCUCGACGACUUAACCGAUCAUCGACGACUGGUUCUUCGUUGGAGGCAUUUGGUGGGUCGUCACAACGCUUAAUGGACGGGAAGAACGGCACAAGCAGUGAACACUCGCAGCAACAACAUCUCAUGUACCGAAUCAUGUAUGCCAAUCCGUCAUCCCGCGAUCUGUGGAAUGCACGCACUCAUCCCAACAGACUGCAAAAUGUGGCACGCUCAAUCAUGUUUUCCAUGCACCUGAAGAAGGAGCACAUCUUCGAAAGGUUCUUCGUCACUGGAAUGGCUCUCAGCGAAUCAGAGCGACCAAAUCAGCCUUCAAGGCUUGCUGGUUAUUGGAAGCCAAAGCUGCUAUACGACUUCCCCAAUCGUAUCAACGACCCACCCGAUGAGUCUGUAGCCGAUUUCUGCUUCCCUAGAGGUGUACCUCUGACGAUGUGUACUCCUGAACAAGCGAAAUCGAUUCUUGGAGUGGCUGUGGCGCAGUGGUUCACUGAUAUUGAGCCACUUCAAAAGCAUAUUAAGGAAGCCCCGGAGACAGCCGGCUACACCUUCCGUCUCACUGGCGCAAAAGGCGAAGUGCUAUACGGAUUUUGCGUUGCAGUUAUGAGGGAGGUUACAACAAGUACCGUAUCGGAGACUGGUGCAGCAAAGAGUCCUCGUGGAAGCUGGGCAUCGACCUGGUUUGGUGGGUAUUCCUCACCUUCUAGCAAGGAAACCCGUACUAACAUGACGAGUAAGAUGGCACCCAUGUGCUUCUGCUUCACAAGCAAAUUCCCCUUUUAUCGCUUCCACUUUGCGGUUUUGCGAAUGAUCAUCGAAAACGAGUUGGAGCAACACCGAUUAUCGUCGUCAGCUGCUUCAGUGGAUGAAUCAGGCGACGAAACGAAAGAGGACGAGCAGUUUGAGGUCAUUUUGAGACCUUUGCUCGAUCUCGCGAUGGAAUUCACCAUCUACCACGAAGAAAACCCGGACAUGCGAGAGCAAGCUACCGAUUCCGAGACGAGUGGGCAGAAAAGUAUGAAUUCUGUUGCGACAAAGCUGGACAUUUCUCCAGUGGAACGACGUGUCGUUCUGAGCGAAGACGCCAGUGUGAUCGUCAACAAAAGCGAAGAUAGCCAACCGAGCACUGAGCCGAGAAGACGUCGCAUUCAACUUCGGAAAAGCCGGAGCACUGACGAUAUCGAUAAUUACGAUUUAGACAACGCGUGGAUAACGGACAAGCCAAUGGUGAAGAGCGUCGACUCGAGUCAGCCAAAGGAAUACGAGCGCAUCAAAGUCGGCGAUACCCUCGAAGCUGUCGACAGCAUUGCAACAACGUCCAUGAGCUUUGAGCAAACACUGACGUUGCUGGAAAAAGGGAACCGACCAAUGCGCCUUCGCUUCCGCAGACCUGCUGCAACGAUACAAACGUCUCCAACAGCUAAGCGAUCAAAGCAUCGACGCUGCUUGUCACCUUCUUCUAUCGAUAUCUUACAUCGAGCUCGACGAAUCAAGAUCAACGACCCAGGACACUGGUCUACGGCUCGAUUCCCUACGUUCGAUCUCAGCUACCAGUUCCCGAAACGCCAUUCCGAUCGAUGGUCUGUUGGUGUGGUGCUACGCUUGUUGACACCAGACAAGGUGGUCGAGAUAAUGGCCUACUUGUUGCUAGAGAAGCAGGUCGUCAUCAUGGGUGACAGUCCAGCCAAGAUCUCAGCCGUGUGCACUGCACUUCUGCUUUUACUCGCUCCGUUCCAGUGGCAGUCGACGUACAUCCCGUUGUUGCCUUCAGGGUUAUUGGAUUUCUUGCACUCGCCCGUGCCAUUCCUGGUCGGCUGCCACUCACUGAGUGAGACAUCGGAGUGGCCCGAUGUCUGCUUUUACGAUAUCGACAGAGAUCGAAUCUCUGUGCCUGCUGCUACGAGACACUUGGGGCCCUCGUCGAUCCCCAAUGGCGUGGAGCUUUGUCGCUUGCUACGGAAAGCUAGAGAACGCUUUUGUGCGCUACGCCCUACUGGAAGACCGUGGUACGAACUAUCCGAGGAGCAAGACACGAUUAUUACGUUGACAAUGCAAGAAGCAGAGAUUUUUCUGCGUGAUAUGGGCUUUGAUAUUUCUUCUCAAGACCUAGCAGCGUCGAUCUCCGGUAAGCAACGGUAG